GCCUUCACCUGUGCUCCUCUGGCUGACUCACGGCUCGCCUCAGGUGAUCAAUCAGAGGUUCAGGCCUUGGCUUAGCAGUUCCCGUACACACAGGGACCUUCAAGGCAAUCCUGAGCACAGCCCACUUAUCGACAUGUCUCUCUGGCGUGCCCAGAGUAGCCAGCAAAUCUUCCUCUCUUCUUUCCCCUUUUGCCAACUUUGAUUCUCAGUCCAAUGAGACAGAGGUGAGGCCCCCCGCCAGGAGGCCAAGGUUGGGUUGGCAGGCCUGAGGAGGAGAAGAACAAGGUGGAGUUCGUACGUCCACAUGAGUAAUUGGUGGGAAGCACUGGGGAUAGCAGUCAUACUUAACUCAAUGUGGCACUGGCCAGUGUGAGGCACAGUGUCCAACAGGCUCCUCUACCCCCUUCCAGCACUGUGAAGACAGCAGUGGAAGGCAAAACAGAGAGCAUCCUGAAUUCCUGCUUGAACAGUGUUGUCUUUUUGCCUCUGGAACUGGGCAUACUAAAAGAGGAGGAAGAUCUGUAUGCUGAGGUGUGUGCUGCGUAAGCCACCAGAGCCCCAGGUCCUUUUGGGCUGCUCCUUGUGCUGUGACCAUAGGAGUCUCGGGCAGGGUAGCAAACCAGCUUUGCUUUUCCACCCUCAUCUCUUCUUUGGGGAUAGGGUUAGGAUGAAGUGCCCUGUGAGGUGCCGCAGGCGCCCUUCUACAGCUCUCUAUCCUCUUGCUGACCACUAUUGCCAUGAACGUCAUGCUGUGAGCCUUGGUGCAGAACUCAACUCCAGAAUGAGGGAGGAGCUGCGCAGCAUCUUUCAGGUCUGGCAGCCCGAGGGAUGGGAGUGUCCCUACUGCAGUGGCACAGACCCUCCUUGUAUGUGACAGUCUGCAAAGGAUCCCGCCCCUGCUGCUUUGUUCUUCCUUCCCUGUGGGGAAGAUCCUAGAGCUCCUGCUGGAGCAGCAGAAGCUCCCAGGACAAGUACCAGCAGAUUCUCUCUUUGCAGGCUCUGCCCCACUUCUUCCACUCCCAGCACAUACACGUUCGUACAAGAGCCCUGCAUGGGAUUCUAUGGAUGAUCGUGGAUUUUAUGGAAAAAGUAAGGAGCCAGGCACCCAUCAGCCAGGCUGUCUCCCAUUCUCCACAUCCCAGAGCAGCUCAGGGGUGCCUGCAGCUGGGAGCUCUCAGCAGGGCUCUGUCCUGAACAAGGGUCUUUGCCCCGUCUUCAUCCCCACUCUUCCCUCUCCAGGCCCUGCUCUGUCUCCACUCUACUCUGCCUUCCUCUCUUUUUCUGUCACCCAGGACUGGCAACACACUGAAAAUUGCGAGUUUAUAUAUGAGUCAGUCAUCAAGAUCUACUUCCCAAUCCUGGGAGAGCUGCUGGGUCAGCUCUGCCUUUUCAGUUGUGGCCUUGAUACCACCAGAGUUCUAGCUGUAGAUGUGCUUUAUCAUCUCCAUGCAUUUGUCAAACACAAAAGAGGUAGGAGAAGAUUGGUCAGGCAGCAUCUCUCUGCUCCUCUGUCUGCUCAUGUCUCUUGUUCUUAUGCUUCUUGUGCUUCGUGAAGCCUGACCAUGGAGUCUGUGAGUUUCCUGAGCUCCUUUACUCUUCAGAGCAGCUUCAUAUUUCCUAAACUCCCUCUUGUUCCCAGCACCCACUGCCUUUAGCUGUAUAAUCCCUUUCUUUCACUCUCUUCAACCCAUCAACUGUGGGUCCCAUCAACCUAGGUCUCCUAUGCCAUGGGUCUCCUACACCAUAGGUCUCCUCCACCAUAAGGUGCCAUUUUCAGUUUAAAGCAGCUUUUCCCCAGUUGCUGAGUUUGAUGACAAAGCUGACUUUCCUUCUGACUCUUCUGUGUUUCCUCCCUUUUAGAGACAGCCCUGACAGAAGUGAUGGAAAAGUAUGUGCAUCUCUAUGAGAUGCUGCAGGAUGCAAAUUUUGUAUGUGGUAACUUGUCCAGUCCCAGUGAUUGUGCCAAGGUGAUGUCCUGCCUUGCUGAGGAUCUUGCUCACAGCAUCAGCAGGAAAUGUUUGUGAGCAAGGGGAGUGUUAUGGCAGCAGAUCCAGCCCUCCUGGCUGUCAGCAAACCCUUCUUACCAACUGCCCAUGCCCCCACCCACAGUCCUUCUCCCAGAGCCCUCUCUUGCUAUCCUGCACCACGCAGUGACAGAAGCUGAUGCUUCCAGCUUUCCUACAGACUGCUGCCCAGCAUCUCUCUGCAGAGCUGCUCUCCCUGCUGGACCAGGAAGCACCACUGGAAUGCUCAGUGUGACACAUCUUCUCUCCCCUGCUUCCACCCACAGGUGUUUGGAGGAUACCUCAGGCCUGCUGAGAGGAUGGACGUCGUCCUCACAGCUCUUGAAGUGAUGGUUGACUCCAGCAUCUAUGACAGAGAGGCAGCCUGCAGUGUGAUAGCUGUGGCCAUGGAAGACUACGCCUUCUGGAUACCAGAUGUAACCACGUUUUGUCCACUGCCCCAUCCUUGAGUCCUUUCAGAAAACCCAGAUCACAACCUCCAUCCACAAGAAUUUGAGGAGCAUUGCCACAAAGGCAGCAUGGCACUGCCUGGUCUCCCUGCUCCUCCUUCUGACCAGCUAGAUUCACAUGGAAGAAGUCAGGAACCUGGUGCAGUCCUCUCCACCAAGCGACAGCAACACCCUGGACGUGUGGGAGCUGAUGCUCUGCAUGCCACGGACCUUGGAGAAGGUUUUGAAGGAGGUGACCAAGGGUUCACAGAUGAGCAGGCUGGUAGAAGGAGUCACAGAAGACAUGUGCAUCCUCUUCUUGGCAGUUGCCGGGAGAGCCAUUGUACAAACAGCCAAUCUCCUGCACUGAAACGACCUCCGGGAGCUGGCUGGAAAACAGGAGACGUGGAGGAUUGCAGAGUGCUUGCCCUCAGUGCCUUUGGUCAACGAUGCAGAGAGCUUGGUCCAAUGCCUGGCAGCUCAGACCACAUUGAUCCUUGGGCCAUCCAUGAUGACAGUGACAUCACGAUGGAGCCUGCGAGCGCUGUGUUGUCUGCUCUGCUGAGCUGCAGCACUCCUCUGACAGGUCUGUCCCUCAGAGGAGCACAGCAAACCCAGUGCCCUGCUGCCUUUCACGCUGGGACAUCCCUGCGCACCCUCAGCAGGUGCAGCCAUUCCUGGUCUCUGCUCCUGGCUGCAGGACAACACAGCACGUCCCUCUGCACUCCCAAGGCCAUGGCUGACCAAGCUGUUGGCUUGGCUGAGUGAAAAGGAAUUGUCUCAGGCCACAUACACAUACCUUGAUUUAAUGUAUGGAAGUAACAAACUUUC